UCCCGCCUCUCUCACUUAACCUAUUAAAUCGUCCUUCUCUCCUAGAAAUAUAAUCGCUAAUUCCUCGCACGUUUCACGGUCACCGGAAGCAAUCCAAUCCCUAAUUCCUCGCUUAUUUACUCCUUUCACACUAGAAGUAAACUGAACUGAGCGUGAAUCUCCAUUCCCCCCCUGAUAAUCAGCAUCAAAAUCUUCGAUGUGCUUCUGCAAAGAAGCGAAACGGCUGCAAAUCCGCACUUGGGAAGGGUUGCACGAAAAUGGUCUCUGCCAUUCCAGAACAGGGACUUGGGCAUCAGAUCGAUUGAAUUUGUUCUAAUAGACGAGGAGGGUACAAGAAUUCAAGCUACUGUGCCACAAGAGUACAUUCCACUGUUUGAAGACCAUAUCGAAGAGGGGAGACUUUAUGCCUUUAUGCACUUCACUCUAAGAGAGAAUGUGGGCAAGUGGAGACCAACACAACAUCCAUAUCGGUUUUAUUUUAAUCAAAGGACUAAGUUUAUGCCCCAGCCAAAUGGUACACACCCAUUGUUUCCUCUCACUACUUAUAAAUUCACCAGCUUUGAGGAUGUUAUGAAUUCUCCAGAUAUUGACGGUGCUGAUCUAAUCGACAUAAUUGGGGUAUACAAUCCAUCCGAGCCCGUGAAGAAGCCCCCUGCAUCCGAAGGCCCUUCAACCUGGUGCAGCUUUCAACUUCGUGAUUUACAGAAUAAGGUUCUUAAUUGCACUCUCUGGAAUGAGUAUGUUGACCAACUUGAUACAUAUCUAUUGGCCCCAAGACAGAAUCCCAUAGUUGUCUUACUGCAGCUUUGUCGUAUAAAUAAACGAUGAGAUGGCACUAAGGGAGUAGCCACCUCUUUUUAAGUUUCAAAGUUAAUAUUGGAUGAACAUAUCCCUGAGAUUGAGGAUUUCCGAAGCAGUUUUCUAAGCACCAGAGGCUCUUUCCCAUCGCCUUUAACGCAAUCAUCAUCAUCCUCUGUUCUCUCUGCCGAUGUUGCUUCUGAAAUUGGUCUUACCAUACCACUCUCUGAGUUGUCAUCGGCUAAAGAGGUUCAUGGUUGUUGGGUAUAUGGCCAAAUAAGUUCCAUUAUUUCUUGGAAAACAUGGGCUUAUUUGGGGUGUGAUGAACCUAGAUGUUUCAAGAAAGUCGUCAAAGACAAUGGUAAACUUCGUUGUGUAAACUGUCACAAACAAAUCUGUAAAGGUAUUUGGCGAUAUAGCUUAAGGUUGAGAGUCAACCAUAAUUGUGACAACGUUGAAUUCAUGUUCUGGGAUUUGGAGGCACAACGACUCUUAGGAAAGGCAGCACAGCAAUUCAACAUCCACCUAGAUGCGGAAAAGCUAGCACCAAAGAGCCUUCCUGAAGAGAUAAAAGAACUGGUUGGAAAGGAAUUAAUAUUCAAAAUAGACAAGGUACAUGAAAAUCGCACAAGUGGCGGUGUGUAUUACUCUAUUGGCAUGAUCUCAGAGGAUAGAGAGAAAAUAGAGCAUGUGAAAGCUGCAGUUGUAUUGCAAUCCGAGGCCUAUAAUUCUGAUGAUGAUCUAGAGCUGCUUUCCUACUCCACAAUAGGGGUGGAGUCAAGCAUGGCAUGUCCUGGUGUUUUAGAGAUCGUAUACAAUUCCUACAUAUGUAAUGAUUUGUAAAUGUACAUGGACUAAAUUUGAACCACUUUUAAUUUUCAGACUCCAAGCUCCGUUGAUAAUGAAAAUGUCCCAACUCCACACUCAUCAAUUUCAAAACGAGUUUCAGAAGGUGAUCCUCUAGGAUCUGAAACAGGAUCCAGCCUAGGCUCAAGUGUCAAAAAACAGAAGUUCAUCAAGCUAGAGAUGGAAUGAAGUUCAACCUUCCUGAUUUUAUAAUGACGUCUUUAAAGCAUUCUGCACUCUUAAAAAAUUAGGAUUAAGUAGCAUAUAUAGUUGGUCCAUGACCAUCUCUUCAUGAUGUUUUUUUAAGUAUCUCUUCAUGAUGUUUUUCAUGAACGUGCUCUUUUAAUAUUAGUCCUAAUAAAUUUGGAUUUCUAGCAUAUAUACUUGAUCCUUUGAAUGAUUCUAUACUUUUCUUUGGAAAUAGGUCCUAUUGUUAAAAUUAUUAAACGGUAAUGCCUAUUCACAUAACGAUUUGCCACUACCUCAUUA